AUGCCGCAUGAUAUAAUAGAUCGGAUACGGUCUUUCCCGCUCUUACAAUCUACCCCAGAGUCCUUUCUGGCUGAGAUCGGCUUCCACCUACGGCCUCAGAUAAACUCGGCAAACGACUACAUUCUCACGGAAGGGGAUGAUGCAAAGGCCAUGUACUGGCUUGUGCGUGGGGCUGUCGCCGUUACAUCUCGAGAUGGAGAGAGUACAUACGCAGAGCUAAAGCCAGGCGCGUUUUUUGGAGAGAUCGGUGUCCUCAUGGAUCGCCCUCGUACUGCCACCAUCAUUGCAAGGACUCGUUGCUUGCUUCUCAUCCUAACUAAAGAAGACUUUAGAAACAUUCUUCCAAAAUUCCCAGAGGUGGAGCGAGCCAUCAGAGAUGAAGCGGAAGAACGUCUCCAAAUUCUCGAGCGCAAGAAACAAAAGGAGUCACCGUCACCGCCUGCGGUUGUAGAAAUGGCUGCUCCUGGUGGGCAGAAACGUGUGACAAAGCGGGUACGAGAUACCAUCGCAGACGGCCUAGGUUUAAAUCACGACGACCAUCGAGAUGCCAGUAGCUUCAGUAAGAAGCGCAAAUCGCCCAGUCCUAGCUGCCAGGACGUUCCCACUUCUAGUGCUCUAGCCAACGGCCUUGUCAGUGUGAGAAUGUUACUCAGAGAACUGCCCCUUUUUGCCAAUCUACCAUCCGAUAUCCUUCAUUUCUUGGGGUUAAAUGCGCAACCACGGACUUACCCGCCAUUCACUGACAUCAUUCGGCAAAAUUCACACGGGAGGGAAGUUUUUUUCAUUGUGCGCGGUGAAGUCGAGGUUCUCAACGAGCGAUGUGACCCCGGCAGUCCCCGCCGUGUUGCUGAUGCGGAGGACUCUCGCAAUGUGCAGGUUAAGGCGCGGCUAAAACAAGGACAAUAUUUUGGUGAAGUCGUUAGCCUAUCACUUGCACCACGAAGAACCGCUACAGUCCGUUCGGUGUCUGCCGUUGAGUGCUUGAUGCUUAGUGGUGAAGUUCUCGCGGAGUUUUGGGCUCGAUGUCCAGCAGAUAUAAGAGACCAGGUCGAACGCACGGCACGAACAAGACUUGAUGAUGCUAGUGACGGUGAUGUGGUUAUGGAAGAUGCACCCAGCGCAGACCAUCUUUUUACCCCUGGGAAUGAGGCACUCUUCUCUGCCCGGAGGCAAUCCAUGCCGCUUCUUACCUUCUCCGAAACAGAGCUUGAAUCUCUUCACAAACCUAAUAGAAUGGAAGACGAAUCUGUUGUGAAACCCUCCGACCCGGACCCAUUUCUGAGUGUUGGGUUGGAUAACGUGCGAUCCCGCUCCCGGCGAGGCUCUCUUGCCCCUAUUAUACCUGAAGAUACUGCUCCAGACCAGCAGUCGCAAUCUCAGGCAACAAGCGUCAACUCUCGCUCACGAACACCCUCGCCUAACAAGCAGCCUCAUGCGGCACCCUUUACAAACUCAACCUUUUUCCUUUCCCAAACCAAGCCCUCAAAACAUCGAAACAGUGUCCGCCAUCGUGGAAUACUAUCCAAUGACAUACUUAUUUCCAUUUUCCAGUAUCUCGAGCUUCAUGUUUUGCUACGUUUCCGUGGAGUCUCCCGUCAGUGGUGUGAGAUAGUCACCAAAUCCCCUCGUCUCCUGCGGUUCCUGGAUCUAAGUCGGUAUAACCGCAAAAUUACCGAUGAAAUUAUAACCGGCAUUAUCUGUCCGUUUGUUGGGGACAGACCGCGUGUUAUAGAUGCCAAUAACUGUUUUCAUGUCACCGAUGAAGGAUUUUCUGCACUUGCCAACACUUGCGGCGCCAACUUGCGGGUACUCAGAAUGAAAAGCGUUUGGGACGUCACGGCGCCGACAAUACUGGAUAUGACAAACCAUGCAAAGUCACUUCAGGAGAUCGACCUUAGUAACUGUCGAAAGGUGAGCGAUACGCUACUGGCAAGGAUUGUCGGGUGGGUGGUACCAGCUCAGCAACAAAACCAGAGCAACCACGUCAAUGGUGGCAGAGCUCUGCAGAAUUCAAAAUACGCACUGAGAGCGGGUGCAGUACAGCAGCCAAAUCAACCUGCUGCGGGAACAGUUUAUGGCUGUCCGUACCUUAAGAAGAUUACCUUAUCAUACUGCAAGCAUGUCACGGAUCGUUCAAUGCAUCAUAUCGCCUCUCAUGCUGCAACCCGGCUUGAAGAGGUUGAUCUCACCCGCUGUACGACCAUCACUGACCAGGGAUUCCAAUACUGGGGGAACGCGCAGUUUCUCAGGUUGAGGAAGCUCUGCCUUGCGGACUGUACGUACCUCACUGACAACGCAAUCGUCUACUUGACCAACAGUGCAAAAUGCCUGCAGGAACUCGACCUGUCAUUCUGCUGUGCCCUCUCAGACACCGCCACAGAGGUUCUAGCGCUCGGAUGCCCCCAGCUAACGCGCCUGAAUCUCUCAUUCUGUGGCUCCGCAGUCUCUGACCCCUCAUUACGCUCCAUUGGCCUGCAUCUGCUUAACCUCCGCGAACUUUCUGUGCGCGGCUGUGUCCGCGUAACUGGCACUGGUGUCGAAGCUGUGGCCGACGGAUGCUCAAUGCUCAGCGUGCUGGAUGUCAGCCAGUGCAAAAACCUUGCUUCAUGGCUGGAAUAUGGCUUCCAGCACCGAUACCGGGACAGAAUUGAGUUUAUUACUGUUGCACAUAAUGGCAAGCGAACCCGAUGA